GACGAGAAGAUAUGAAAGUAUUUGAUUUAAAUGAAAACGAUAGUAUGUUCGUUAUUAUCAGUGCAGGUGAUAACUUAUUAGAAUAUGCUUUACGAGAAAAUUCUAAACGGAUACACUGCGUAGAUCUUAACCCAUUCAG